CGCGGUUUCACCAGGCCCAAGAUGGACGCGGCCAACGACAGCACGUACAGCAAGGCGCUACGCCGUGGCCGCCACCCACGGUCCUUUAACCGCACCGACACGUGUCAAAUGUGGUCGACUUUAAAACACUCGAGCUCCCGCGUCUCGAGCGUCAAGACGGGCCAAGGCCUUGGCAACAUCGUUGCCAAGGAGAUCGAGGCGCUGCAGAGCGAGAGCCCAACAUCCGAGAAAGCGACGCGGAUGACUCUAAAAGACGUCAAGUCGACGCCCAACCUCUUGAGCCCGAAAGAGAGGCGAAGCGAGAAGCGCCCAGCCAAGAAGAAGCACAGCACGCAUGAAGACGUUAUCAAGCGGCUGCAGGCGCUGGGGUCGGGGAGCGCGAUGGCGGCCACCCCGAAUACCACCACCAACAAUACCAAUACCAACAACAACAACGUGUCGGCAACCACGAUGGCAGCCAUGGACGUCGAUGCAACCAAGUUGCGCCAAGACUUUAGCUCGCAGAAAGACGCCCGCGUCUACUACGGUUCGACGGCAGCUUUGGAGCUCUUCAACGGCGACAUGCUCAUGGUGUCGGUGGCCGAUGGGUCCGUGUGCGUCCAGCCCCUCGAGCGCCUCAAGAACCAGCUCAAGGGCUGCCGGGACAAGCUCCUGUUUACGCUCAUCAACAUGAAUGAGCUUCGCAGUGCCAACCCAAUUCGGUUUGGCGACAGUGUCUGGCUGCAAAUUAGCGUCGGGACGGGCGACACCUCGUGGGAGCAAGGCGGCGUACUCGGCGCCAAGGUCCGCAAAGCGCCCGACCUCCAAACGCUUUCGCUCACACACGUUGAGAAAGACCCUAUUGAUGCGCCUCCAGAAGCCGCGCCCGACGAAGUGCUCCUCAAUGUUGGGUAUCCCGUGCCCGUCCGCGCCUACUUGCCCAAGACGCGUGACGACUCUACCGACUCGCAGAUCGACGAUAUGCAAGCUCGGCUACGCAAUAAGACGUCGCGCAUGGUCGGUCGCUGGAUCGUGCGGUCCGCUGUCGUUCGACCCAAAGGCAAAGAUGACUUUGUCAACAAUGACGACGAAAUCUACCUGGAACAAGACUGGUUCUACCUCGGCGCCGAUUUGGAGGCGACCGAAAAGAGUCAGACGGCGGUCUUGCGCCAGCUACCGCCGACCAAAACCACCAAAGUCGGCGAAUAUGUUGUCGAGCGCCGUGCCGCGUGGAAAGUGCGGCUCGUCGACUCGUCCAAAGGCGGUCUCGGGCUCAGCCUCGUGCAGCAGCAGAUGGAGCGGCUUCUUUUCAAAGCCAAGACGCAGCUCAAAGCGUCCGAGAAGAUGCGCGACGGCCAACUGCGACACUAUGGCCCCGACUUGAACGGCGGCCAAGGCUUCUCCAAGCAGCUGCGGCGCCACAUCCAAAACGUGACGGCCGAGUGCGACGACGAGUAUUUUGCCCACCAAAACGACCGGUUGCGCCAACUGGACGUGUACUUUGAAGACAAGAUGGCAGCCAUGGACAAGACGGACCGGAAGCGCGCGCCGCUCUCGCCGCUCGCAUCGAGCCUCCGGUUUUCCGCGUCCGUACCCAACUUGAGCUCGUGCAAGGACUCGAUUGGGCUUCACGCGCCGGCGACCGAGUCGACCGUGCCACCGUCGACCGAGAAAAUCUGCAACCUGUGCGUCGCGUACGCCCGCGUCGGGUUUGACUUGUGCACACACAACCACGAAGUCGCGCACUGCGUCGCGCUCGGGGCGCCAUUGCCCUCCAAGUCGAGUGAGCCAUCGUCGGGCGAGAUGCUCAAAGCUCGUCUCUCGGAGCGACACAUGAGCACGUCGGAUGGCGCCUUGCGCGCCGCCAAGGCCGCCGAGGCCGCGGAGUUGCGCGAACGCGGCCGUAUCAUGCGGCUGCUCUCGGAGCAAGACGACCGUCUCGUCAACGUCAUCAAGUACACGGAGCAGCGCGCGCACCUCGCAGCGAUUGCAACACACUCGACCGACAACGACGACGACGCGCCGUCGUACUUUUCAACCAAGCGGUCGCGCGUCCGGCGACGUCUCACGUCUAUGAUCAGCGACACGGGCCCGCGACGCAAGUCGACGCUUAAGUCGACGGUGCUGGCCGAGACGGUCCGGUCCCACGACGAUGACGACGACGAUUCGACCGGCGGCGACGCCAACGACAACACCGACGACGACGACGACGACGAUGACGACGGCGACGAGCUCUCAGACGACGACGACGAGAACCCGGACGACGACGACGAUUUCAUCACGGAAGCCGAGAUCCAGACGCUCGACUAUAUCAACGUCGAGAAGGCCACGGCGCUGUACGCCAACGAUGAAAAAGCGAUGCUAGCGAUGCUCCACGGGUUCGCCGACCUCGCCGAACACCGGCUCGUACCGCAGCUCCAAGACGCGCUCACCGCAAAACACAAGGCGUGCUUGCUCGAGACCUCGGACUUUUUGGCGCGGGCGUCCGAGUUUGUCAUGGCGCGCCGAAUACAAGUGCACGUCAUGAGCUUGAUCCAAAGCGUCGCGACGAGCAAUGUCGACGACUUUUCCAGCAUCGCGCCGGUCGUCGAACAACUCUUGCGCGAGGUCGAUGGCACGAUCCGCUUCAUUCGCGCCCACAAGCCCCAUGGCCGAAGCGGCGAAGUCAUGUAGCGUCAUCUUCCAAAUGCAUCAAUGUGUCGAGUGCACGCAUGUUGCUGGGAUUACGAUGACGUGCGAUGGGGUCGUCGCUGGUGCGCCGACGAAGUCGCUGCGAAUAAUGAUACUCCUCGCGUGUGUCCAUCCUC